AUGGCACCCUAUGAAGCUUUGUAUGGACGACCAUGUCGUUCUCCCGUGUGUUGGGAUAAAGAUGGAGAUAAAUCUUUGCUAGGGCCUGAAAUUGUUCAGUUGACAACUGAAAAGGUUAAAAUCAUUCGGGAAAGACUGAAGACUGCUCAAAGUAGGCAGAAGAGCUAUGCGGAUAACCGACGAAGGAAUUUGGAAUUUGAAGUUGAUAGUCAUGUUUUUGUGAAAGUCACCCCAAUGAGAGGACAUCUGAGAUUCGGGAAAAGGGACAAUUUAACACCCCGAUAUGUAGGUCCAUUCCAAAUUUUGGAGAAAGUGGGUCUAGUAGCUUACCGGGUUGCCCUUCCGCCAAAUAUGAGUCAAGUACAUAACGUGUUCCAUGUCUCCAUGCUUCGAGGAUACCUUCCAGAUCCGUCACAUGUCAUUGAUUACCACCAAAUUGAGUUGGAUGACAAGCUAAUUUAUGAAGAAAAACCAAUCCGCAUUUUGGACCGACGAGUGAAACACUUAUGA